CAGAAAUUAAGGCUCGCGACCUCGCCGUCAAGGACCUAAUAAAUCGUAAUUGAUUUUGAUUCAUCAAUCUUCAUAGAUAGAUGAUGACGAUGAGAAGCAUUUUUUUUGUGGUUUGCUCAGUCAGACCAAGGACUGGCUGUAGAAGGCAGGGAAAUCAACAAUUGAUGAAUUUGCGCGCGCGCAUCUAACUCUGAGGAGGGCGACGGCUAUGGAAGACACCUCUGACGUAGGGACGAGAAGAGC